AUGUGGCGCUCCUUUGUUGAGAGAGAUGCCGAGACGCGCGGCACACGAGCCGGACACCCAGACGCGCUGUACAUAUCACCUUGUGAUGGCUCCCAACUGUGUCGGCUCAUAGCGCGCUCAUCCGUUGCGCAAGGUGACGGGAGAUGCAGAGAGGAAGGCAUAAGCAACAUUGACGCGGCUCUGGGGAAUCUGAAGAAAGCUGGCGAGCUCGAGUAUGUGGCAGCAUUCAAGACCAGGCAAUACGAUCUUGUAACAAUGCUAAAUGAGCGUUCCAAAACAAGAGAAGACUAUGGUUUUGAAAACGACGGUGGAGAAUUGGUUGGAAUGUUUGAGGAAAUGGGGAUGUAA